UACGGGUCGCAGGCGUGGGGGUGUCGGGUUGCAACGGGCCGUGCGUGGGUCCUGGUGGAUUGGAUUCAAGGAGCGAGUCUUUGGUGUGAUUGCAUUUCAGAGCCAAGGCGUUGGAGGUGACAACCGCACGCUCGCACGCCACACCAGUCACCAUGCAGGACCGGAGUCGCGAGUUUCAGGCUACUGUCCAGGCUCUUCGUGCCAGCGUGGGUGGCCGUCAGGAGGAGCGACCAAAGACCCAGUUGUUCAUCACAGCCAACAACAUCAACAAAGGCAUCACAGAAUGUCACAACAAACUGCACCAGCUCCAGCUCCUAUCUCAGAACAAGGGCAUGUUUGGAGACCGGCCCGUAGAAAUUCAAGAGCUCACCUCGAUCAUCAAAGAGGAGCUCGGGCAACUCAAUUUGGCGGUUAAAAAGCUGCAGGAGCACGUCAAGAAGGAAAACAAUCGCUGGAGCGAACACAAAAAGGUGCACCACAACACCAUCGUCACGUCGCUAAACAAGCGCCUCAAGUCAGCCACGGAAAAAUUCAAAAAGACUCUUGAGCAACGAACCGCCAAUCUGAAAGCCGCCCGGCAACGCCGGUCAGAGUUCUCCGGCAAGGGCUUUGACGGUAUGGGCGCCGGCGGCAUGUCCGACAUGCCCACGCUCAUGAGCACGCAGCAGGCCAUGCAGCAACACGGUGACAGCGCAGCGGGUGGCCCAGGCAAUGGCAAUGGCGGCGUCAUGGAGCCGGAUGAGAUGGACACGGAGGCAGAGCUGCUGGAGGGGCUUGUGCUCAGCUCCAUGAUUGGGCCGCUGGGGAAAGAGCAAUUUUUACAGAUGGAUAACUUUAUCUGGGCCAACGCCGACGAUGCUGCUGCAGCUGGCCGCGCUCAGGGUCCUUGGUUUCAGCAGGGCUUUGAAAUGACGACGGCAGCUCAGAGUGCAAGCCCCGUCUUCUUUGCCCAGCAUGCCAAUGGCCCUUGUGCCGUCUUGGCCGCUGUGCAAGCACAUGUUAUAGAACACCUGCAGCAUACUUUAGGCAUCGAUUUGUUUGCCGCUACUCCACAGGAGGCCGACGCCGCCUUUACCGAGGCCAUUGUGCGCUGCCUUUGGAAUGAAAGCGGGCGCGCCGAGCUUAUUCUGGCCGAUCCCGACGCGCAGGAACGGGGCAUGUCCAUGAGCCUGGACGGAGAUGACGACAUGCAGAGCCCUUCGCGCGAAUGGUUUCGCACAGCCCAGCCACUGCACUACAUGGUGCAGAGCCGCGAACUCGCUGUGCAUCUCGUUCAAUCACACUUGCCCCAAUUUCGGGCUCCUGGUGGUCUGGCCCUUCUUCUGUACUCAGCCAUCCUCACCACCGGCCUUGAGGACGUUCGUGCCCAAGCCGGUGGCGGUCUUAGCAGUCUGAUUGACGAGGACGCCUGUGCCGAUCAAUGUCUGAUGAAUCUUCUCCUGACCCAUGAAGCGCAUUCCUCAGUCAGUGCUUAUUCUCUCUCCUGA